AAUAUUUGAUAUUGUUGAUAGGAUUGUUGAUAGAAGUAUUGAUAGAAGUAUUGAUAGAAUUAUUGAUAGAAUUAUUGAUAGAAGUAUUGAUAGAAUUAUUGAUAGGAUUAUUGAAAAAGUCGUUAAUAAAGCUAUC